CUGGCGUUGGCCGGCCUAGUAGACUUCUCAGUUCCCUCGUGGAUUAAGCACCUUCCAUGGGAGCUCCGAAUUCGUUAAAGAUGGGACGGUGGCGGAGCGGGCGGCCGCUCCUGCUGUAUCCUAGUGUUCUGCUGCUCUGCUGCCUCCUACGGGUGUCUCAAGGUGCACCUGCAGACCUCAGCAGAGAAGAUACUACCAGCAGAGAAAGGAUUGUCAGCCCAAACUACUCAGUCAGCUACAGCACUGGUGGUGGCAGAGGCUUCCAGGGACAACAAUUUUUCGUGAAGCCUGAGAGCGCAGAAGAACCUGACAACAACAGUAAGGAAGGGUACAGACUGAGCCACCCGACUGGUACACAGUUUUCUAUUUCUGCUCCUGGUCAUAAUCCUAAUGUGGGUGUUAGUUUGCCAUCUCUCAGUGCGGUUCCUGGGAGCGGGAGCAGUGCAACACACACCCAUGCAGCCACUCAUAGCCGUAGCCACAAUCACCACACACUGGUAGACAAGAAUGUAGAGUUCUCUAUUGGUAGCUCCGUCUUGCCAAGAGCAAGAAGUUCCCCCGGUUCCCAAGCAGGAUUUUCCUCUCAGUUUCUCGUGUUUAAGGAUGAUGAUUGAUGAUGAUAAUAUUAAUGAUUCCAUUUGAAUACGACGAUAACGUACCUUACAUGAGCCUAGGUAGGAGAUAUUACCCAGAAGGAAGUGCCCCAACUCAUCCUCAGAAGCUCUUCAUACCACCUACGGCUCCGCUUGCUACCAGGACUAAUGUACAUCCAAAGCAGAUGCUCGCAACAUUUAACAAUCCAUAUAUAUAUACCGUAGAUUAUUCAAAUGAGGAUCUUGAUGGAGACGACGAUGACGACCUAAGGCUCUUAGUUGGCUCAAAUUUCGUAAGCCUGAGGCGUGAGGGCAGCGAUGAAGAGCGUAUAGUACUACACGACAAUAUUCUGUCUAACCGCUAUAACUUCAUCGAUGGCCAAGGUACCGUCCGAUGGGGCUACACCCUCGAUGAUCAAUAUCAACAACAAGCUGUGAAAAAAGAUGGAACUAUGGAAGGAAAAUUUGGAUGGACUGCUCCAAAUGGUCGCGAAAUCAAUGUUGAAUAUGUUGCUGAUGAAGGUGGCUAUAGAGUACUAAACUCUAAAAAUAUUUUUCCGGAAGAUGACGGCGACGUAAAGAAGCUGAAGGAACAACAUUUCAAGGUUCAUCAAGUGAUCACAAGUGGCGGGACAGUUUCUCCGGGACACGAUGAUACUCAGUAUACAAUAGGGGCACCUGCUGGCCCUGGAAGUGAAUUCGUAGGUGUGCCUCUUCCUGGUAUUGAAGAUCCUGGAUUAGAAACAUCCACUGGUGUACAAAUGGGCCCAGUAGGAGUCCCGCUUCCUGGAUUUGGAGUUGACAGCUCAGCAGGACCUGGAUCUCCUGGUUACGAUGGUUCUAGUGGCAGUGUUGGAAUACCUCUUCCUGGGUUCGAUCAAACUGACCAGGCUGGUGGAGGACCUACGGGAAUACAGAGUGUCUUCAUUACUACCGAUGAUGAUGAUGAUGAUGACAGAUUCCUGACACCUGCUGGAGGAGGCAUUCCUCUUCCUGGAUUCGAUCAAGUUGGCCAAGGAGCCGGAGAUACAUCCUUCCAAGGCCCACCUUCCAGUGUCUCGAUAUCAGGGCCUGCGACUACGACAACGGGCAGUAGUCCAAUUAGCGUGGGCGUCCCGCUGCCAAGUCUAGAAACUGGUGGUGCUCAGCCCGUUGGACCAUCUACACCGGCUUUUUUUGAUGAUGGUGAGCGAGUCGUAAUUUUGGAUGGAGGAGGAACUGGUGUUGGCCUCCCAAGUCCAGCAGGACCUAGUGAUGUUGGAACUCUUGGUGCAACACCCGAAGACCCAACCUUAGCGGAUCAGUGCCAACUCGCUGGAAAGACACACCCAUCUCUUCUUCCAGCGGAGUGUCAACAAACCGUAACUCCAGAGCUUAGUACUGGAGUGGGAAGCCCUGGGUUCGCUGAUUUUGGAGUUCCUCUUCCUGGGUUUGGAACUGAAGCUGAAACUGGAGUUGGUUCUGGAGUAGAAAGUCCAGGAUUAGGCACUGGAGUAGGAAGUCCAGGGCUUGAUGUAGGCGCUGGAAGUCCAGAGUUAGGUACUGGAACAGCAAGCCCUGAAUUUGGAGUACCUCUGCCUGGAACCACGGGGGCUGAUUUCGGAGCAGGAACUCCAGGCUUUGAUACUGGAACAGCAAGUCCAGGCUUUGAUACUGGAGCAGCGGCUACAGGUUUUGAUGUCGGAGCUGGAAGUCCUGGGUUAGGUACUGGAACAGCAAGCCCUGAAUUUGGAGUACCUUUGCCUGGAUUUGGAGCAGGAACUGGAACCAUGGGGGCUGAUUUUGGAGCAGUAACUCCAGGCUUUGAUAGUGGAACAGCAAGUCCUGGCUUUGAUACUGGAGCAGCGGCUACAGGAUUUGAUGUCGGAGCUGGAAGUCCUGGGGUAGGUACUGGAACAGCAAGCCCUGAAUUUGGAGUACCUUUGCCUGGAUUUGAAGCAGGAACUGGAACCACUGGGGCUGAUUCUGGAGCAGUAACUCCAGGCUUUGAUAGUGGAGCAGCAAGUCCAGGCUUUGAUACUGGAGCAGCGGCUACAGGUUUUGAUGUCGGAGCUGGAAGUCCUGGGUUAGGUACUGGAACAGCAAGCCCUGAAUUUGGAGUACCUUUGCCUGGAUUUGGAGCAGGAACUGAAACUACGGGGGCUGAUUUUGGAGCAGUAACUCCAGGCUUUGAUAGUGGAGCAGCGGCUACAGGGUUUGAUGUCGGAGCUGGAAGUCCAGGGUUAGGUACUGGAACAGCAAGCCCUGAAUUUGGAGUACCUUUGCCUGGAUUUGGUGCAGGAACUGGAACCACGGGGGCUGAUUCUGGAGCAGGAGUUCCAGGAUUUGAUACUGAAACAGGAAGUCCAGGAUUUGGUACUGUGGAUUCAGGAGUCAGUACUGGAACCACGGGGGCUGAUUUGGAGCAGCAGUUCCAGGUUUGA